GAGGCAAUAGCGGCAGCAGCGCAAAGCGUUGUCCUAUUGUUUUUGUUGUUCUAUUCUGUUGUUGCGUUCUUUUCGCCUAUUUCGAUGACGACAACGUUCCGUCCGUCUACUGUCGGGUGCGACGGCAAGGAUGAACGCUGUCCAGUAAUAGCAGAGUGACCUCAGUGGCAGCGGUAACAGUAGACAGAAAGCUAGUCGCUGGGAAUUGUUCGUAGUGAAACGACAUAGCGUUGGGAUGAGUGAACUCAUUGUUAUGAGAAAGGGAGGUGGACCUUUCAAUAGAGCAACAACUGACUUUACUCAACAUUUACGCCGUUACGUAAAUGCCGACGGAGAACUGACGAAGAAAAUCUAUUUUAAAUUAAGUAAACUAUCCUGUAAAGCCUCAUUCAUUAGGCAAGUGUCUGGGUGUAAAAUAUUCUCAUAUCGAGAGCAAUGCUGGUAAUAAUGCAUAAUCUAAUAAAGUAGUUGUACAAAAGAGCGCGUGUCCACUAAAACUAUGCAAACGAGAGUACCGAAGCAAUGCCGGCAGAGACAGAGGCAAAAGAGGACGGCCUUUGAACAGAGCAAACUUGCCAAAGCGGAUUCACCUUUAUUUUAAGAAACAUCAAAGGGAGCAGCAGUUGUAUCAAAUAAGAGUUUUUAUAAGCGACACUAAAAUUAAUAAAAUACCACUACCCGUCAUUUCUUGGUUGUGUGGCUGUAACCCCGACGCACCUUUGUGGGUUCUCAGCGUUUGCCAGCCGAAUCUGGGCAAAGCAAAAGGAGGAAAAUGUACGCACCUGUGAGACAUUGGAAGUUGUGUCUGCCUGUGGCUGUGAGGUCGAUAGAGCUGCCGCAAUGGCCUGGCAUCGGUGCGAGAAGUGUGGCAAGAAGUUUGCCUUCCAAAAAUCCCUCAUCGAACACCAAAUACAGGCAAAGCAUAACCCGACUUCAAGAGGGCAGCCGUUAACAAGUGGGCAAAUUCAACAGGCCGUUCGGCACCCAGAGGUCUUACGCUGUAAACAAUGUUCGUACGAAGCCGUUGGGAGUACGGUUGACCUCGAAUUACACAUAAGACUACAACAUGCAAGUGGUGCUCAGCCUAGUACAAAUGGAGCUCGAAGCACCAAAAGCAACAACAAUAGUGGAUACAAGUGCAAUAAGUGCAGGAAAAUGUUCGAUUCCCUGCCAACGUUAAUAAGACACAAAGAAAUAUUUCAUCCUCCAGAAGCGCAAUAUGCCUUACAACUUAAGCCGACGGGGAAUACGAAUUUUCCAAAGUCAAAGUCUGGUCUCAAGUGCCGUUUGUGUGGCAAAGCGUUCCCCACGCCAUUCUCAUUCGAGCAGCAUCUUAUCAAGAAGCAUCGAUCUCCCAGUGCAGCUAGCGCCACAAGCGUUAUCAGCUGUAGUAGGAGCACGAGUGGUGGAAGCAGGAGCGGCGGUAGCGGUACGGCCACUUCACCUGACAGCUGCACCGGAGCUGCUCCUCCACCGCCGAUGCUCAACCGAACUGCCGCUGUACCAUUGAGAACCACGAAAGAACGUCGACGACUUCUCGAAAAUCACAGAUGUAGAACCCAGAUCGUAUCACAGAAUUAUGGACCUGCAUUAACGAACAAGGCGACGGAAUUCCCAGUUAUUUAUCGGUGUAUCGUCCAAGGCUAUCUUCAAUGGUUGAAAGAUUCGGAUUACGAGCCUGUGUGCACUUUAUGUAGAAGGGAACUGAUUCAAGAAGAAUGCGUACGACUUUUGUGUUAUCAUGUGUUCCACUGGCGAUGUUUAGAUGAACAAUUAUCCCAGUUGCCCUUGACAACAGCCCCAGCAGGCUACGCAUGCCCAAUGUGCGGUCAUGAAGUCAUUCCGAGGGAUAACGUCGUUUCACCAGUCGCUGACAUUGUUCGUGUAAAACUUGAAAGGGCUCGGUGGGCAAAUCCAGGAGGUGGUGCGAAAAGGCCGUCAGGGCGGCAGCAUGACAGCCAUCUACAGCACACACACAACCCACGCGAUUCGGGUUUUACCUGGACAUCUUCGAGUCCAACUCCAAAUGGCGCAUCUCAGUCUUCUUUCAUGGAUACCGUAAAUAGCAAUCCACAUAGUGCAAUCAACGCGAUUAGCAAUAACACUACGUCUUCAAGAGGUCCAGCAUUACUAAAACAAGGAGCUGCUUUCUUCGAAAGUUCUAUACCGUCAGUACCUGGCCGCUCAUUUGUAUCACCCCAACAUUCGUUAUCGCGGGGUGAAGACGAAGAUAAAUACAAGAAAAAAUCGGUAUUAGAACUUAUUCACAGGUGGUUUCAAUCAAAGCUUCUUCUUGGUGGCCGGAGACGGGGAGACCCAAUGAAACGAUGGGCAGCUAUAAUAAUCGCCAUUGCAAUCGGGAUGCUUCUAAUGAUCUAUUUUAUGUCCCGCGUAGGUCAGUUGUCAGCCGAGUUAGAUCCAAUGUUAAGUCCAAAUUUCAAUCCGGCGUUGCGGUCUCGGGACAAUUAGAAACAAAAUCGUCACGACGAUGGAUAACAGCUUAAUCCAGUCCUGCUUUCCCAAAGGACAUUCAAUGCCAACAGCUGACAAAAAUGUGCGUCCUUUCCUCAUUGGUUAUUCGUCAAAGAACCUUCAAACGGCAUUAUUGAAUCCAUUCGUGAUACAUGUCAAUCCGACGAAGGGAGCCAAACAACCGAAGAACAACGAACCGUACGUGGCAGACUGCAUUGGAUACAGGUUCAGCAUUCAAUUUUAUUCCUUAAACUCUGAGCGAUCAUAGCACACAGAUGCAUACAUUCCAGGUACACUUACCUGUUAACAAAGUCGGGUAAAAUAUUUCUCAAGAGUAUAACACGUGUUCGAGUUGGGUGUCGUUGUAACCGCUUGCGGUUACGUUACGGUUACGUAAGAGCUACAUCUUGAAUUUUUUGCAUGCCGAUGCGAGACUUUCCAUGUUGAUACAUACUGUAUUAGUAAAAAUACGGUCUAUCUUCUCAUUGAAGUUUAACAUAGAAAGCUCCAAAUAAGUAGUCGGAGUGACUUUUUAAAAAACAAAACCCACAGAAAGUUUUAUCAGAGGCUGGAUAUGAAGUAGAUGUUAGCUCAUUCUCUAAUUCGAGAUAAAGGCAUCGUUUCGGUUUCACAGUCUGCUAUUUGCUAGUUUAUUCGAAUGCUGAAUAAUGAUUUCAACAAAUGCACACUCUUGUGUGUUUUUUUCUAACGGGACGAUUUAACUUAAGGUAAAUUUUCUCGUAACAAGUGGUAGAUGUUACCUCCUUCGGAAGCUAACGAUUUAUUAAAAAAAACAUCUACCAAUUUAGGUAAUGCCUAAUAUAGCGAACAUGAUUAAAAUAAAACGUUUCUAGAAAAACUCGA